CUAUCUUGGAUCAAGCGAUGGAUAUGAUCGAGUUUUUUGAGAACUACCCGCAGUAUCACAGGUUCCGCAACACCGCAUGGUUGUUUCUAAUGGAAUUAGCACGGCGGAAGUGGGGCGCGCGGCCGAGGAACGAGGUGGACCGGGCCGAACAUCUGCUCCAUAUCGCAGGCUACCCCUUCAAGGACAUUGAGAACGCCAUCUGGGAGCAACGCGUGCACUUCGCAGCUGCCAUAGCUAGGAUACGCAUCAAGAACAAGGCUUUUACGUUAUCAGACCUUCUGCCGCCUCACUUGCGAGAAGACCGAAUAAAUGCUUGCGUGAAUAAAGAGACAGUUACCGGAUGGGUGAAUACCUUUAAAGCUAAAAAAGUGGCAUCACUAGUAAAGCGGCUGCAUGAGUUGGGAUAUUCUUACAGCAAUUCACGUCAACUGUGCGCCGGAGAAUAUCGAUUUGAUCGAGUAUGCCCGAGAUUUAUUACUCUGAGACCUCCGCAGGACGUCAGUAUCUGCCAAUUGGAUCUCGUAAAAGACGGAAUCAUUGUUCUUCAGGAGCGUGAAUUCUGCGAAGGCGCAUCUACACUUUGCCGGGCACUUCGAGCAAACUCACUCUGCGGCGCAGUUGCUCAGACGCAUGCGUCAUCCCCGCGCAGUUCGGCUUAUCUCGCGGCCCAACUGCGGGAAUUGGCUGCUGUUCUUAAAGCUAAGGGACCUUCAGCUCCGGCGACACCAGAAUUGGGGAAAUUGGUGGUGUUUGGGGCUGGUGAUAAAGUAUCAAGCUAUGUUUGCGCCCUUCGAGAUUUGGGGGUGGAGGCCUCCGAAGCGCUUCAAUCUGGAGCCUCCGUUUGCGUGUUAAGCGAUCCAGUGCAUUGUGACACUCCUAACGUAAUUGAUGCUCUCAACGGUGUUGUGGCGGUGUUGGCUACUCCACCCAACUCCUAUUCCGCCGUCACGGACCCAAUCGACCUGGUUUGUGGCAGAGGAGGUGACUUAGCUAUGCUUGAGAUUCUCACGGAAGCCGAGAUAGAUGUUAACGGAAAAGCGAGAGUGCAGUCUAUUUUGGAGGAGCAAAAGAAAACCUUGAAGACUCUGCUAUCGAAACCUCAGAUCCAGUUAAUUCUGUAUGAAACCCAUUCAGCUUUAGAGGCUGAAAAUCAGGCACAAGUGACGCGUGCUGUGGCUGAAGCGAAUAGACUAGCGCGAGAGCGGCACGCCCUCCUUAAGAAGAAAUUCAAGGAAAAUAAAGACCCACACACACCAAAAACAGUUGUGGAACUGCCAUCCGACACGUCUAUUAACAACACUAUCUCGCGCUCUGACAUGUCCAAGGACGCACUUGAUGAUGUUCUCGUCAUUGCCGAUGGGAGAUUGUCUAAACCACCUAAAACAGGAGUGCCCAACGCGAUCGUUAGCUCUCCUGAUCACGCGCCAAAGAACGACAAUACGGACACAGUACUUAAUAAACAAGCCGGGCCAAUACAGCGAGAGCUCUUAAUUAUGAACAAAACGAGACCAAUCCCGGAACAAGCUGUUCCUGAAUCACCAAUGCCCCAUGAUCCGGAUUCGGACAGUGCUAACGUAAAGGUACCAAACUGCGACCUGUUCGAGAUCGGAACGCUACCAAAUCUAGGCAAUGGAUUAGACAUCAACUAUAUUUUGGAUAGAGAUGGAUGUUACCUUGGCCUCAUCCAGCGAAAGGAGAUAACAUGCCUGGACGCGAAGUUCAUGAUCCGCGUGGCGGAGGACCGCGGACUGUUUGGAGCGGCGACGCCGGCGGCCCAGCAGGCGCGGCGCAAGCGCGCCGACACGGCCGCCACCACGCCGCGCCGCCGCCGGCGCAAGCAAAACGGCUUCGAGGUCGAGCGCGUAGCGGCGCCGACGUACGCGUCGAUCGUGCGCUCGAGCCGCCGCGGCAGCGCGCCCGCGGCGUACCCGCCGGGCGUGAUCCCGCCGCGCGCGCCGGACGGCGCCGACGCCGUGGCCACGUGCGCGCGCCACGCCCGCCGCCAGGCCGCGGCCGCCGCCGCCGUCGGCUGCUCCUGCGACGCCCGCCACCGAAGCCGGCAGAUCCGCCGUCGGCGCGCAUCUGCAGAGAUGUCCAGCUGUCCUGAAGCGAGCGCGGGCGUGUGCCGCCGUCCCUUUCCCGUCGUCGUGCACGACCUGCAACUGUGCCCCUUCUCCACACACCACAAAAUCUUCGUCUAGCAUCCUUCACAUAGUAAUAGAGUCGCUAUAUACGAUUCGGUAGACUGCAAGCAAUUCUGCACUUACCCAGAGCGUGGGUACCGACAACUCGGAAUUGAAGUGCGAAACAAUUAAAGCAGUUUCCAUUGUCGUGCAGGAAACAAGUCUAUCGGAUUUUUAUAGUAAGUCUAAAACUCAAACCGAAUUCGGCAUUUCGCUCGAAUUUGCUUUUAUAUAUCAAUAACAUACAUACGUCGUACUAGACGCGGAAACAAAAGCGUCAUAAAAUUUAAAUAAUAAUACAAAAAAGUACGUCAAUGUAAAAAACAAAAGUAUGUUAAUUAUGAAAAAUUGCACUCCUCUAAUAUUAGGUAUGCAUUUGAACAAAAUGCUUCACAAAAAAUUUCAGAAAAAAAUAUUCAUUUUAUUCUAGUACGUAAGUGUUUAUUAUGGACUCUUUGGGUGUCAAUAAUUUCAUACGCAUUAUUUUUAAUUAAUUGUGCUCGACAAUUUCAAGCAUAUCGUAUUUUAAUUGUAUUUACACGCAUGAAACCUCGUAAUCUUUAAAAUUCAAAAAUCUAUAAGCAAACAAACGUUUAUAUACCCGAGGUACGAGUUGAAUAUAUAAUAAGAUUAAUUUGUAAUUGUGAGUACAGCCACGUGCAAUUGAUAUAGGUACUUAGCGAAAGAAAAUCGAAACCAGUAGUUACGUGGACUAAAUAUUGCAUGAUUGAACGCUUAUGCACGUGACUGUACUUUUGGUUUUCUAUGUUUAUUGUAAAAAUUGUUGCACGUGUUGCUCGUUAGCUUGGCCUCGAUCAUAUGACGGAAUAGCCUGCGUUGCUAAUUUUCUUAAUCUAAACCGUUUAUGAUGGAAUAUCAUUUUUUUUAUUUAAGAAUAAAUAUCGUUAAUAAACGAAAAUUAAAUAGGUAGGAUAAAAUUGUAUCGAGGCAGCAGGGAUAUUAAAAUUCAAAUUUAGUGGUAAAAAGUUCCUACGUAUAUG